AUGUGCUACUUUGAUGAGGAUUAUUUUGAGCUGAAAGCAAGUGAAACCCUGGGGGCUCACGUUCAGUUUCAGGGUCUCGCCCGCAGCCCUGGCCGGCAGGCGCGGAGCCGGCAGCGGGGCCCGCACCGCACGAUCCUCUGGGGGCCCCGGAGUUGGGAGGCGGCGUCCGGGAGCCCCCGGAGGAGGAUGGGCUGCAGACACAGCAGGCUGAGCUGCUGCAAACCCCCCAAAAAGAGAUGCCAAGAACCAGAUCAGCCACCCAGAACAGAGCCCCAGGAACUAGGUCCCCUCAAUGGGGACACAGCCGCAGCUGUCCAGCUCUGUGCACCUGAGGAGGCUGAGCAGCACCGGCAGGAUGUUACCAGACUUCUCCAGCAGCACGAAGAAGACAAGAAGAAAUGGGCACAGCAGGUGGAGAAGGAGAGGGAGCUGGAGCUUCAAGAGAAACUGGACGAGCAGCGAAGAGCCCUGGAGGGAGAGCACGAGGCAGCCCUGCAAGUCCUCCGGGCCUCCUAUGAGCAAGAGAAAGAAGCCCUCACCCACUCCUUCCAGGAGGCCAAGGCGUCCCUGCAGGAGACCAUAGAUGGACUGACCUCCCAGCUGGGGGCCUUCCAAGCCAAGAUGAAGCGGGUAGAGGAGUCCAUUCUAAGCCGAGACUAUAAGAAGCACAUCCAGGAUUAUGGGAGCCCCAGUCAGUUCUGGGAGCAGGAGCUGGAGAGCUUGCACUUUGUCAUCGAGAUGAAGAAUGAGCGUAUUCAUGAGCUAGACAAGCGGCUGAUCCUCAUGGAAACAGUGAAAGAAAAAAACCUGAUGUUGGAGGAGAAGAUCACCACCCUCCAACAGGAGAAUGAGGACCUCCUGGUCCGAGGCCGCAACCAGGCGGUUGUGUCCAGGCAGCUGUCGGAGGACCUGCUCCUCGCCCACGAGGCCCUGGACAAGGAGUCACAGUUAAGGCGGCAGCUCCAGCAGGAGAAGGAGGAGCUGCUCUACCGGGUCCUCGGGGCUGAUGCGUCCCCCGCCUUCCCGCUGGCCUCCGUCACCCCCACUGAAGUCUCCUUCCUGGCCACAUAGGCUCGGGGCCUGGGCAACACGACACCUGUGGUCAUAGCUCCCUCCCCAGGACCUUCCAGGACGACAGCAGGAGCCUCUCGUUCUGUCAGGAGGGGACGGGGGCAGGGGUGAGAUGGGAGCAGGGUGUGUGCCCAGGGAGCCCCGGGGGCUGGGCCACCCAGAAUCACCCAUGGGGCUUUAGAAGCCCCAAGGAGCCUUCUCGUGAGUUGGCCCAGGGAACAAGCAAGAGGAGUCCUUCGCUCCCUGCCCGCUCUCUGCUCAGAUCAGGGAGUUUCGAGGCUUUUCCCGGGGGAGCCUGUGCCGCUUUGACCAUCGGGCGAAGAGGGCACAACCUCCUGGUCCUAACUUGUCAGCUCUGCUGCCAGCUCAUCAGCUUACCCCUAGAUGUCCCCACUCCUGCCUUGGCCUUCUCUCAGCCUCAGUUUACCACUCCUCUAAAACGGUUCGAGGAACUGAAGAAUGACUCUUAAGUCACUACAGUGUCCCAUUCUAGGAUGGUCUGAAGGUCAGACUAGGAACUGCGGGACAGGGGAGGAGGUGAGCCAAACCCUAAGCCUCAAUUGGGACAGGUGAGCGUCUGGGAGGGGUCACUGGGCCCUUGGGGCUGGCAGUGCCAGGGAUCAACCCAGCCAAGGCAGGGUCUGGGCAGGGUGUCGGACAUGCCACUGCUCCUGGUCCCAGAGUCCAGCCAACCCAGGGGUUUUGGCCAGAGCUCCUCCUCCUUAACCAGGCGAAGCUCACUCCUCAGCCCUCAGGUCCCUCCGGCUCUGUGCCGCGUGGGCAUGGGGGCCACCUGGUGGGUCUGAGUGUACUCCACAGCCAGAGCUGGCACCUCAUCUCUGCACAGACGAGGAAACCUGGGUGUGGAGUGGGACUCACAAAGCCAGGACUGGACCUCCUGUUCUCCAGGUCCUAUCUCGUGCUUUCUCUUCUCCUGGGCUCUGGGACGGUCAGAUCUGUGCCGGUCCUUCUCUCCUUCCUCUCUCCCGCCCCCACCCAGUCCCUCUCUCUCUUACUCCUGCUCGCACCUUAACUCCUCCUACCACCCCUGAUCCUAGGCCUAGUGCAAAGAGGUGGCUGGAGUAAGGAACUCACCUCCGCAGACUUGUCCAGCCCUGACAUCUGUGGAUUUAAGAUUCUUCUCAGGAGGCUUCCGGUCAACUGGAGGCUAUAAUAACCUUCCUUGCUUAGAGCAUUUCAAUUCAGUGCUUACAGACACUCCCUCCUCUGAGCUCAUAGGAUCCUUGCAGCAGGUUCUUACCCCUCUUCAGCAUCAAAGCAGACUGAGAUCCCAGGAGCCAAAGGGCCUUGGGGCCCCCAGCUCCAGCCCCCAGCCCUGGGCCAACACAGAGGAAAAGUUAGUCCACUGGAACUAAGGUUUCUUCUGUUGCCCCAGGCUGCCUUCUGUAUUCUCAGUCAUCCCAGACUGCCUUCUCCAUCCAUUUCUAGUUCUGGGAGCUCGGCAGGGCUAGGGGAGUCUGGCGAUAGGCAGGUGGGCCAUCCAGGAGUCUUGGAGCAGCUCUGGAGUGAAGUACAUACGUACUUCUUCACGUAACUUAUCCCAAAGCCCGUCGGGAUACACUAGUCCAUUGGACGUUAAUAGGCAUAACCAAGAAAAGAAUUGGUGGUCAGGUAAUUUGAGAAACUCUAGGUUCAAUUUGAUUAAGCAGAUCUGUAAACUGCAGGACUUCUCAGAACCUUUAAUAUGCUAACAUACAUUGCAAAGUCCCAAGAAAGAAACGAAGUACUCAAAGUACUCGGCAUUUCCUAAACUUCUUUGACUAUGGCAUUUCCUAAACUUCUUUGACUAUGUUUCUGGAAAGCAUUGUUUUAAUGGGAGGGGCUGGGCUGGCAAGGAGGCAAGCUGUGGGGAGCAGGGUUUCCUUGGGUAGCCUGUGGUGACUGUGAGGAGAUAAAUCACCCUGGAGCAGACAAGCUAUGGAAACCAAAUAGAAGCACAAUAGUAUUCA